AUGAUGGCUUCCAAAAUAACAACCAUCUUCAAGACCAACAGCCGCGCAACGGCCAGCUCAAGCAAUGAGACCAUCUCCGUGGCAGCCGGCGAGCAGGCCGAGAACAACACCGGCCUCAGGGAGCAGAUCUCGACGCGCCAGUUCAUCUUCAUGGCCCUGGGCGGCUCCAUCGGCGCGGGGCUGUUCAUAGCGUCGUCAAAGGGCCUGCAGCAGGGCGGGCCCGGCGGCCUCUUCUUCGCCUUCGCGCUCGUGGGGCUCGCCGUCUGGCUGACCAUGUGCGCGCUGGGCGAGCUGUCGGCCAGCCUCCCCGUGCAGGGCUCCUUCUACGACUUCUCGGUGCGGUUCAUCUCGCCCAGCUGGGGUUUUGCCAUGGGGUGGAACUAUAAUGUCAAUUUCAUGCUCAUCGUACCCUUUGAGGUCACGGUUAUCAUACUCAUCGAGAGGUACUGGGGCGAGGCGGUGCCGGGCGUUGCGUUGGUCCCUGUUUUUAUUCUGGGGUUGUUUGCCGUCCAUGUCUUUGGGGCAAAGACAUACGCUGAGGUUGAGCGUGCUCUGGGCAUCGCCAAGAUCGUCGUCCUGAUGAUGUUCACCAUUACGGGUGUUGUCAUUGCCGGUGGAGGGACCCGUGAAGCAGAUGGGCGUGGCUUUGAGAACUGGCAAAAUGGACAGGCCUUCCUCAACGGUGGACCUGGCUUCAUAUCCGUCUUUGUUGCCGCAGGAAUGGCCUAUGGCGGAACGGAGAUGCUCGGCCUCACGGCAGCGGAGUGCAAGCAGCCGCGGAGGGUUAUGCCGUUGGCAUCAGUUCUUGUUGUCGGCCGUCUGAUAAUAUGUUAUCUCCUCCCGCUAUUUGUGGUCGGGCUCGUCCUGAAGCCUUCAACCUUUAGUGAGCCGCAGUUCGCCAAGCUGCACGCCGUCUCACCGUUUGUCGCUGCCGUUCAGAAGGCAGGCAUCAAGAUUCUCCCGCACGUUAUCAAUGCAUUUCUCAUCGCUGCAGUAUUCAGCAUGGGUAGCUCUGCGUUCUUCGCUUCGUCGAGGAGCCUGACCGCGAUCUGCAAGCAGGGAAUGGGGCCAAGAAUAUUCGCGAAGACGACCAAGGGCGGGCUGCCGAGGAACUCCAUUCUUGCUGUUUUGGUUGUAGCACAACUGGCUUGGAUCACCGCUGCUCCUGAUGGAUCAUAUAUCUUCGAGUGGCUGCUUGCAUUGGCCUCGACUAGCAAUUUCUUUACAUGGUUGAGCAUCUGUGUCUGCCACAUACGCCUCCACCGCGCCAUGAAGCGUCAAGGCCGCAGCACCGACGAGCUCGAGUGGAAGUCCCCUACCGGCGUCUGGGGCAGCUACCUGGCCGCUAUUAUUAUUGUCUCUUGUAUGGUCUCACUCGUUAUCAGCGCCGCCCUGCCGCCUGUCAUACCGACUUCGAGGCCUCAUGUUGAAACCGCAAUGCAGAACAUCAUGGGUUUCAUUGCGGUAUUUGUGUGCUGGGUUGGUCACUUGCUGAUCGCUGCCCGAAGGAACAAUGGUUCCUGGAGGGAGAAGUUUUUGAUACCUCUUGACCAGCUGACCUUGCCGGAACUGGAUGCCCAGUUGCCACAACGUGGAUCUACUGUUGAGAAGAGCGGCCAUGACAUUUCACAGGCAUGA